AUGAAGCUCGAAUUAAUUGAGAUAUGGUGAAGUAGGUGGUACAGUUGCAUCAUAUAAAUAGGAGAGAAUGGAUGUGGAGUGAAGAGCAGCAAGAGAUUGAAAAUGGGAUCAACACCACCAAAAAGCUCUCAAGUCGUGGCAAAGCUCAACCUCAAACCUCAUCCAGAAGGAGGGUUUUAUUCUGAAACAUUCAGAGACACCUCUGUUAACCUCUCUAAAUCUCAUCUCCCACCACAAUAUAAGGUUGAUCGACCUGUCAGUACAUCCAUAUACUUCCUAUUGCCUUCUGGAAGUGUUUCUCACCUCCACCGCAUUCCCUGCGCAGAAGUCUGGCAUUUUUACUUGGGAGAACCCCUAACGGUGGUAGAACUCAAUGACAAUGAUGGGACCGUAAAAUUUACAUGCCUUGGACCCGAUCCACUAGCUGACAAUCAAGUAGUUCAGCACAUGGUGCCUCCAAAUGUCUGGUUCGGCGCAUUCCCUACACAGGAUAUCGACAUCUCAUCUGAUGGUGCUGUUAAACGAGCCACAAGGGAUCACGAAGCACACUUUUCUCUAGUGGGAUGCACCUGCGCGCCUGCAUUCCAGUUUGAUGAUUUCGAGCUGGCAAACCGCACUGAGCUCGUCUCUCGCUUCCCCAAGUACGAGUCUCUCAUCACUAUGCUCACCUUCGCUGAAUGAAUUACCUUUACGUGUCACUGCCACAAAUGAUGUUUUUCUGUAUGGUUUGAGGUGUUUACAAGUAUUUUUCUUUCAUGCUACGUUGAUCUGGUCUCUUAUUUCGUAGUAUUUUGUAUUAUGAUGAAUGGAUAUUUAUGCAGCUUGUUGAUUAUGUACACGAAUAAAGUGUUGCUCUGAUCA